AUGGCGGAGGCUGUCGGCGAGGUGGUCGUAAAGGAGAGAGAUGUGUGCAGAAGUGGUGAAACGUCAGGUGACGAGCUUCUCGAAGCUUCAAUGGCUGCCAUGGACACACUCACAUCUCACGUAAAGGAGAGAGAUGUGGGCAGAAGUGGUGAAACGUCAGGUGACGAGCUUCUCGAAGCUUCAAUGGCUGCCAUGGACACACUCACAUCUCACAUUCGCUUGCGACAAGCAAUAUCCUUGGCCGCCAUUAACGAUGUCGUCAGCCACCGCCGAGGUAGGAACGCCGCCAUGAAUGAUGUCGUCAGCCAUCAAAUCGAGUCGAAUUUAGGAGUGGAGCUCGGGAAGGUGAAGAGGACGAUGUUCGCCGACGGGGAGAUUUACUUCCAAUUGGAGGAGAGCGUGAGGAAUGGCCCAAAUGUCUAUGUGAAUGCUGAUCCGAAAGAUUUUCGACACUCUCCAGCCUGA